AGAACCCUAAACCCAUUCAGCUGGAGAAAAUCUCACGCAGAGCACCCCUUCAAUGGCUAGCUCCACCGAAGCCGGCGUUGAAGCUCUUUAUCGUCUGCAGGCGAAGGAUCCUGUGCCGUGGCUCACACGAGAUCCAUCGCUCACUCAAACUGCUCGUGUUGCCUCACAGUAUCUUUUCUCCUUUCUCAGACCCUUUUCCAAAAAAUCGCCAUUGGAUGAACUCCUGGUGGACGGGUUCGAUGCCGAGCAGAUAUGGCAGCAAAUUGACCUCCAAUCACAGCCUUUGUUCUCCACUCUUCGCCGGCGGUUGAAGCAGCUGGAGGAGAGUCCGGAAGCAAUCUCUGGGAUUAAAGGAGCUCUACAGGGUAAAAAGAAGGUGGAGGGGAAAACAAAAGAGGAGUGGCACGAAGAAAGUGACGGGUUUGAUGAGGAAUUAGAUGAAUUUGACGACGACGACGACGACGACGAAGAAGGCGUAGAUGAGGAAGGAAAAGAAGGCGAGGAAAGAGGGAAAGCAGUGGCAGAGGAUGAGGAGAAUGAAGAGGAGGAGGAGGAGGAAGGCCUUGAGAACGAGGAAGAUGAAGAGGAAGGUGACUAUGGAGGUAUUCAAGAUGAUUUUCUGAAAAUGAAGGACUUGGAGAAGUUCCUGGUGCAGGAGGAGAAUAACUUGGAGAACGAUGAAGCAGGACAGUUAAAGGAAGUGGAUGAUGAAAGUGAUGAGGCUGGUGAAUUUGGGGUUGGCAAUGAUGACGAUGAUGGAGACGAAGACGCAGAUGACUUUAGAUACGCAAUUUACGAAGACUUCUUUCGUGAGAGAAAGGGAAGGAGAUCCCAGCAAGAAAAAGGAAGAAAGGAAAAAAGAUUAAAACUUAAAGAAAGGUUAACUGGGACGUCUGAAGGUUCUGGUGAAGAUGACGUGGAAUUUGAUGGAGGGCCUGAACAUUCUGAUGAAGAUGACAUGGAACUUGAUGGGCAAGUAAAUCAAAAAGGAAAGUUCACUCAGGGUCUUGAAGAUUCUGAUGAAGAUGGCAUGGAAUUUGAUGGCCAAAAUCAAGAGGCUGUUUCUACCCAUGAAAAACAAACGCAAAAGAUCCAAGCAAAGAUUCAGCAGAUGGAGAAAUCUAACUUGGAGCCAAAAACAUGGACCAUGCAGGGAGAGGUGACUGCGACUAAGAGACCCUUGAACAGUGCUUUGGAAGUUGAUCUUGACUUUGAGCAAAAUAUGAGACCAGCUCCUGUAAUUACUGAGGAAGUUACAGCUUCGAUUGAGGAAAUGAUCCAGAAAAGGAUCCUUGAGGGACGUUUUGAUGACGUUCAAAGGGCUCCCAAAUUGCCAGCAAAAGCACCCAGGGAAGUAAAGGAGUUGGAUGAGAAUAAAAGCAAGAAGGGUCUUGCAGAAGUUUAUGAGGAAGAAUAUGUUCAGAAGACAGACCCCUCUUCUGCUCCUUUGUCAUUCAAGGAUGAACAGAAAAAAGAGGCAAGCACGCUGUUCAAGAGACUCUGUUUGAAACUGGAUGCUCUUUCUCAUUUCAACUUUGCUCCAAAACCUGUUAUAGAGGACAUGUCUAUACAAGCUAAUGUCCCUGCUCUGGCAAUGGAAGAAAUUGCGCCUGUGGCUGUGUCAGAUGCAGCUAUGCUGGCUCCUGAGGAGGUCUUUGCUGGCAAGGGAGAUAUCAAGGAAGAAGCAGAGCUUACAAAGGCAGAGAGAAAACGAAGGAGGGCAAAUAAGAAAAGAAAAUUUAAAGCUGAAACAGUGAAAAAGAUGUCAAUGAAGGCACGACAUAAUACAGCUCCUAGCCAAACUGAUGGCCAAGAACAAUGAGAUCUAGCAUAGGAUCUAAUGACAUAUGAAGAUUGUUGAAAGCCGCCAAAUUGUUAAUGUUCUCCAAUGACUUACGUUUUACUGUGCUGCCACAAUUAGACGGGAGGAAGCAUCUUGGUGGAAUUAUAUUAUACUUUUCUAGAUUUAGUUUAUAGUUCAUACAAGUCUGCCCAUUGCUGCAGAAAGAUGUGGUUAACUUACAACUCGGCCCUGGGGGUCUCAAACUUUUCUUGUAUUUUCUCCCGAUUUAUUAAUGAAUUUGAUCUCUAUAGUCAAAUUGAAUGAUACACUUGUAUGAUAUAUCUUUCCCUUUUGAAGGCAUAAAGAAUGCAAUUUCAUAUGCU